CCACGACGACCAUGGCGUUUGACCUCGGAACCCCCGUGAACACGGCGCUGCUGCUCUAUAUCUUGUACUCUAUCCAGCGGAUCAUCUACCCGUCGAGCUCGGUGCCCAAGACGGUCCCGAACGAGUUCAAGAAUGGGUACACUUGGAUGCCCAAGGCGCACCCGCCGACGCUGCUCUACCAAACGUACACCCCGAAGACCCUCUCUCCAUUCAACGGGCAGGAGGGGAAGCGUAUCCUCCUCGCGAUCAAGGGCGUGGUGUACGAUGUGACGGCGGGGAGGAACUUCUACGGACCGAACGGCAUGUACGCCAACUUUGCCGGACGCGACGCGUCCCGCGGCAUGGCGAAGCAGUCUUUCGAUGAAGAGAUGCUCACGCCCAUCGACCAACCUCUGGACAAGCUCGAUAACCUCACUGCCGAGGAGAUCGAGAAUAUGAAGGGUUGGAUGGAGCAUUUCUCCAGCAAGUACAUCGUAUGCGGAAGGCUUGUCGAGAAUGACGCGGUCUGAUAUGUGCUACGUACACCUCUCAACAUGCGUCGUUUUAGCCCCA